AUGUUGCAUGCGAAAAUAGAGGAUAAAACUUCCGAAAUUCCUCAAAGUGUUGAAUCCCCUUCCUCUUCAGUUACCGAAUCAGAACAGCACAAAUCCGUAUCAGAUUUCGAUACUUUCGCUCGUCUCUUCCGAUAUUCGAAAUUUGUCCAGCUUGGUGAUUUCAAAGGGAGAAUUGUAAUUGGCACAAUAGUGCAGCGUACAGAAGGCCAUCUUUAUAUUGAUUUCGGCUUAAAAUUUAACACUGUUUGUAGAGUACCUCCUGCAAAUAAUAUGAGAUAUACAAUCGGUAAAAAAGUUGUCUUACGUUUACAUGAUCCAGAGCUUUCUGAAAGGUUUUUGGGAGCAAAGAAAGAUUUAACGUUGCUUGAAGCGGAUGCUACACUUCUUGGACUGUAUGAGGGAAAACAGACUUUAGAGGAUCGGAUAGCUAGCUGUUCGGGGUAA